UGUCACAGUGUCAUGUGUCCAUGUUCGAUUUUCCGGUGAAAUUUAUGUUUUUGUAAGCUGGAUAUUAUAUAUAUAUAUAUGUUGGAUAUCCAUCUUGAUUUUAGGUUUUAUUAAUUACGUGCGAAUUUAUGAUACCUUCAUAAUAUCUUCAUACCUACACACAUAUUAUGAUGUCUUAUGUCGUAGAUACAUCAUUGCAAUAGUGCAAUAUUCAAUUAGUUAACUCAACUAAUAGGUAUUUAAGAUUCCGUUGUGAAAUUAUAGCCUGCAGGGCUAGUUUAAAAUAACAUUCAGUGAACUGUAUUUCUUGUUGAGAUUUUACAGAUAAAGUGAACAAUGAAUAAAAUGAAAAAUGAUAACUAUUUGAAGAAAAAAGAUAUAAUUGUGAUAUUUGUUAAUUUAUUGGUGCUAUCCUUAGUUAUAUAUAUUUAUCAUGCUGUUGAUGAUUUGAAAACUAUGCUUUCAAACGAAAGGUUAUGCAUACUUAAAACAUCUUCAAAGUUUGAUUUAACUGAAGGUGAUACAAAUGAAAUUAAUUUUGACUUUUCCAAAAUGAAAAAUUUAAAGGUUAGACACACCAGGUCGACCAAGUCAACAAAAUUUCAAAGUAUGUGCUUGUUCUACUUGGCCCAACCAAAUAUAGAUUUUGAACAUAAUGGUAGUAUCUUUGGGCCAUGGAUUUUGUCGAAUAAAAGUUUUCCAGUUGAUUCGUAUUCUCCUGUAAAAUUAACUUCAAGAAGAACUUUAUUUGAAAUAGUUGACCCAGGACUUUAUUUAGUUUACAUACAGGUAUAUUAUUUGUCGUCUACUAAGAAGAACAGUUUUUCUAUGAUCAAAGUAACAGCUGAUUUAAAUGAAACACUAUCUGUAUGUAGUUCAGUGGGUGUUUCUGGAACAGAAAUCUCAUGUUUCACAUCCAUUGUAGAGUAUUUCAAACCCGGAGAAUCAAUCUUAAUUAGACUAAGGGAAAUGUCAUCUGGUAUAAACCUUAAUCGUAAAGCUUCUCACACUUACCUUGGCUUUACUAAGCUAUUGUAGUUAUUUCAUCUCUGUGAUACUGUGA